UAAUAAUAAUAAUAAUAAUAAUAUAUAAUACUAUUGAUAAACAUAUGCCUAAACGGAAUAAAAAAUCAAUAACUGAUACAGAUCAUUGUAAAACAAGUUGUUGCUAUACAUGUAAAUUGAAAUCAACACAGAAAAGAUCAAAUUAUCGACGUGAAAUACAUGAAAUUUCUUCUCCUCUACGUCCGGAACAAAUUUCAUAUAUCCUUAAUCGUAAUAAAACAUUCGAUGAUAUCUCUAUGCCAUCUGCAUGGAUUGCACCAUUUCCAUCAAAAUCAUUUAAAUCAGAUCAUAGUGAAAUUGAUCAUUUACAUGAACGUAUAAGUCCUAGUCUUAUACAAACAACUCCAUUGAAUAUUCAGUCUAAUAUAACAAUUUCACAAUUAGAUAAUCAACAAAAGAUUAAAUCAAAUCAAUCAUGGUCAAAACAUACAGAAGAUUCAUAUGAUACAUCAUUAGUAUGUAGUUUAUCAGCUGAAUUAGCUAGUGUUGGUAGACAAAGAUUUCGUUUAACUUAUAUUACAGAUCGUUUAUUAGUUGUAAGCUAUCCACCUGAAGCAACUAAAACUGAUCAUAAUGAAGGUGCUCGAUGGUUAUGUAAAGCAUUUGAAAAACGUUAUGGUGAAAACUAUAGGAUAUUUAAUCUGUCCGGUUUCACCAAAGAAUUACACUUUUCAAGUCGAACUCCUGUAAUUGAUUUAUUCUGGGCAGGAAAACUUGCUCCAGCUUUGGAACAAUUAGUGACAGCUAUUGAUCAAUUAGACUUUUGGCUUCAUAAUCAUGAUAUUCCAUCAACAAAUGAUAUAAAAAAAUCUAAAGAAAUCAAUACUAUAAAUAAUCGUGUAGCUGUUCUUCAUUGUACCGGACCAAAAUGUUUAUUAGCAACAUAUCUGGCUGUUUAUAUGUGUCAAUCAAAAGCAAGAUUUGGUCCAUUAUAUGGACAAAGACCUGGUUCACCAACAGCACGUGGUUUACAAUGGAAUGAAAAUCGACUAAGAAGAUUUAAACAUGAACUUGUCUUGGGACAUACCAUAUUGAAAAAAUUCUAUGAAGAUAAUUUAGCUAGAGAAUUGAAUCCUUCACAAAAAAGAUAUGUUGGAUAUUUUUCUGGUUUAUUAACUGGUGCAUUAAUUUUACAAGAUCGUUUAGUUUAUUUACAUACAAUUGUCUAUCGUGAUUCAUCAAGAGGACGUUAUCUUGGUCAACCAUUAGAUGCAAUUAUAGAAAAUAAUAAUGAAAAUUCAUUAUAUGCACAACCAGAUGAAAUUAUAACAAAUAAAAUACAAUAUCAUAAUCAUCAUGAUCAUAAUAAGAUUAAAGAAACAUUUAUAUCAUUCAAUCAAAAUGAUCUAUUAAUCGAUAAUUUAAAUAAAAUCAAUAAUGAUAAUAAUAAUAAUAAUAAUAAUAAUAAUAAUGAUAAUGAUGAUGAUAUUGAUCAUAUUAAAAGAUGGGAUCAAAUAUUUUCCACACCAAUUGAUUUAUUGAAAACAACAAUGAUUACACAACAACCCCAGCAACAACAACAACCCCAGCAACAUCACCACCCCCAGCAACAACAACAACAACAAACUGAUCAAUCGACAUUUAAUAAAUUACCAUCAUUUAAACAAUUUCAAACAUUUGUUGAUAAAGAAUGUGGUCUUUUUUUAAAAAUUUAUCAAAAUUUAAAUUUAAUGCAUACGACAAGAGUUUUAUGCCCAAAUGUGAAUUUUCGAGUGGAACGAUACAUUUUUCCAAUUGAACCAGUGUUACCAUUGCAUGGUGAUGUUCUAAUCGCUUGUUACAUACAACCAAACUUUUCAACACAACUUCAAGAAUGUUUAUUUCGAGCUCAAUUUCAUACAUGUGCAGUGGAUGCUGAAAAAUUAUCCUUUUUCAAAGUUGAUUUAGACGAGGCAUGUGAGAAGACAAUUUUUCCAUCAACUGGUUGUGUUGAAUUAUAUUUCACAUCACAUCGUGAACUUAUUACAGAGCAUACGGAUAAUAUAGAACGUGGUUGUUAUAUAUGGACAACAGCUGAACGUGAAUCAAAUAUUUUAACAACAAGAAAACAAUUACAUAAAUUAAAUUGUGAUCAAUUUCAACAUCGUGUUCAUGAUGAUAAUGAUGAUGAUGAUGAUGACGAUGAUGAUGAUGACCAUGAUGAUCAUGAUCAUAAUGAAUUUGUUACUACUAUUUAUGAUAGAACAAAUAAUAACAUUUUUCCUAAAUUACAUAAUACAUCUAGACAAGCAUUACGUAUAUUGAUUACAACACAAGAACAAUUGAUUAGUGUAGCUGGUGGAUUAUUUACACAAAGUAUUAGUGAUUCACAAGCACCAAUGUGGUCUGUUAAUCAUAAUCAAGAACUAACUGAUUCAUCAAAACCCAAUCGAUUGAAUUUAAUGCGACAAACAUCUGAUCCACUAAGUCAUCCAGUAAUACGUGGUCGUAGUCCACAAAGUUCCAGUCAAUGGAUAAAUAUACAAGAUGCUUCACAUAAUACAAAUCAAAUACCUUUAUAUCAACAGGCAUUACUUAGUCCUCGAGUAAAAGUUCCACAAAAUAAUAAUUUAUUAACUAAAGGUUUAAUUCAAUCAGAUUAUACUACAAAUAUGUAUUCUGAUACAUCACAGUAUCAACAACAAUCUCAACAACAAACUCAACUUACUCCUAAUCAAUCAUCAAGUGGGCAAAUUUCAAUGAAUCGAUCAAAUUUGGCACAAUUACAAAGUUUAUAUCAACAAUUACUUCAACAGCAUCAACAACUUUUACAACAACAACAACGUCAACAACUUCAUCCACAACAACAGCAGCAGCAACAACAACAACAACAACAACAACCUUUGGACUAUGCAGCUGGUCAACCAAUAGACAGUAGUCUUUAUGCAACUGUUCAACGUCCAUCAACUAAUAUUCCUAGUUCAUUGGUUGCAAGUUUACAACGUGUAAUAUUACAGCAGCAGCAGCAGCAACAACAACAACAACAACAACAAACUGCAAUGCAACAACAAUUACAGAUUCCUCAGACACAACCGUCAAUCAUCCCCAGUGUGAGUAUGUAUGCACAGGCUACACCAGCUAUACAACCCUUAACAACACUUAGUCUUUCUGGUUUAUCUACAUCAUCUGCUUUUACUAAUCUUGCACGAGCUUUACUUCCUACAUCAGUUGUUUAUAAUACUGGAGAAUCAUUAACUGCACCACCAUCAUUGUCUGGUGCUCCACCUCCAACAUUAUUUCAUAGUCCUAAUUUAAUGCCAAAUUCUAAUCUACUUCUUUCAAAUUUAAGACCACCAAUGUUUCCCCAACAACCGCAACAACCACAACACUUGUUACAGAAUUUUCAAAUUCCAUCUGCUAUGGAACCAUCUUAUCUUUCAUCACAAAAUAGAUUAGCUGGUCCAUUAAAUAUGGGAUUAAUUGGUGAUAUUGCACAAACUGAUCUAUUGAAUGAUCCAUCAUGGCAAGCUGAACAAAGACGAAGAAUUGAUCUACAAAGAACACGUUCAUUGUUAAAUGAACAAGAAAGGAAAUUAUUUGAAGAAUUGAAAAAUAUUCGUAAUCGACGAGCUGGUCUUUCAAAAUUAGAACAAUUUGGACGUUCUACUACUGGUAGUGGUAGCAGUACUGUUGGUACUUCUGGAUUAACACCUUUAGAAAGUUAUCGUCGAGUUACUAAACGUAUAUCAACCAGUGAAGAUGCACGUCUUAGAAAUCGUAAUAGACCUUUAUAUGCAAUUGGCAGAUCUGGGUCAGCUGAUACAGCAAGAGUACCACUUGGCAGUGGUAGUCAUUAUCCAUAUGGUGAUGCUUAUGGAUCAGAUCUUGAUGAAGAUUCAGCUCUAUUGGCUAUUUUAGAACAAAGAUUGUCUAGAAAACCGGAAAGUCGAAGAAUCUACUCGGAUUCCGAGAUGGGAUUACAAGAUGCAGCUGAUAUUCCAUUACGUAUUGUUGGACAACAACAACGUUCGGGUCAUGUAGUUGACGGGUCUAGUCAAGCUUUCACUGGUCCUGCUAUACCAGGUGAACAAAAUGAAGACUCGGAAUUAUUUCCAAGACGGCCAAGGAUACAAGUUGUACAUUCUCCUGUUGAAGCAUCCAAUCAAAUAACCAGUGGACCAACUAGAGGCAGAGCAUUUUCUGGAUCUCCGACAAUUUAUCAAACUCAAGGACCAUAUACAAAAUCAAGAUUAUCUUAUAUGUCCCCUGCUAAAAGAUCACCAUUAUACGACUACAAAUAACUAUGUAAACGAAUCCCAUAUCUCCUAUAACA